AUGUUCGUCCUUUUCAUCUUCAUAGUUAUCUUCUCUAUCGUCAUCAUAUCCAUUAACAAGAAAACGUGGAUAGACAAGAAAACGUGGAUAGAUAAACAAGCUUCUGCCAUUAUCAAAAAAGAUACUAGUGAACCUGUGUUCGAAUCUUUAAACACACAAGAUUCUUCCGGUGAAGAUAUGUCAAAACCGCCACCAAAACAACCCAAGAAUGAUCUAAAUGAACUAUCUCUAGAAGAUGACAUGAACAACGCAAGACUCGAAGCAUUAUCAUCCAAUCCAUCUUCUCCACGUGCCAGAAAAUCCUCCGCCAUGAAGAUCAGUUGUCUGUGUGCUCCGACCAACCACCCUGGCUCCUUCAGGUGUCGCUACCACCGGAACAGUGUCUCAGUCGGCUCCAACCUUUCUGAAUUAGCCUACCGGAAAACUGCCUCCGUCGGUGCAAACCUUUCAGAUUUAGGAAACACAACCACAACCAUGAAGAAAUCGAGACGACCUAGAGAAUGCUGAUAAAAUUCUUAUCGAUUCAUUAUCUGUAAAAACUAACAUGUACUUUCAUUCAAAUAUAUAAUUAUUAUUAUAUAUAAUUCAAACCGGAACAAAGCUUUUCCGUUUCUCAGAUGCAUAUGACACCGG